AUGGAAGAUAUCGAAAAGAUAAAACCAUACGUUAGGAGUUUUUCAAAGGCGUUAGACGAGCUGAAACCAGAAAUAGAGAAACUAACGUCGAAGUCACUGGAUGAACAGCUGUUGCUAUUAUCUGAUGAGAGGGCUAAAUUAGAACUAAUUAAUCGUUACGCGUAUGUAUUGAGUUCUCUGAUGUUUGCUAAUAUGAAAGUCCUAGGCGUCAAAGAUAUGUCUCCUAUACUCGGCGAACUGAAAAGAGUAAAAUCAUACAUGGAUAAGGCUAAACAAUACGAUAAUAGGAUAACCAAAUCCAACGAAAAAUCGCAGGCAGAGCAAGAAAAAGCUAAGAAUAUCAUUUCCAAUGUUUUGGACGGUAAUAAAAACCAAUUCGAGCCCUCUAUAAGCAGGAGCAACUUUCAAGGGAAGCAUACGAAAUUUGAAAACGAUGAACUGGCAGAGAGUACAACGACUAAGAUUAUUGACAGUACCGAUCAUAUAAGGAAAGCAAGUAGUAAGAAAAGUAAAAGAUUGGAUAAAGUUGGAAAAAAGAAAGGAGGGAAGAAGUAG